AUGGAGACAGUAUGGAGUACUCCAUACGGCGUACUCAACGAAGUCCGUUGGUGGCGGUCAAGCCCCUGGCUCCCGUUGGGGCUCUCCGGGGUACCUGCGCAGGCAAGGGUUGGGAUCCCAUCGGGCCCGUCCAGCGCCUACCAUCUAGAUCACGCCGUCUCUUCCGCCAGUUCGGCGUCUUCUCCGCCGUUCCAUCUCAAAGACGCGCGCAUUCUACGUGACGAAUCGCGUCUGGGCCCGUCCCUGCUUCUGUCCUCUCCUUCAUCAGGAGACUCAAGCCCCUCCGCCGCCGGCUCGCCUUUCCACCGACCUUCCCCGCGGAGCAUCACCCUCGAGCCUCCGCCGCUGCCAUUCCUCUCGGCCCACCACCAGUCCCGCCGGCCCCAGGAGUCCCUUCUCUCGUCCCCGGAGACUCGACGGGCGGGUAGCAGUGUCUAUUAUACCACGGCCUGGGGGUCCCCGUAUGCAGCGCCCAGUACUCGGCGAUUGUCAUUAACUCUCAGCCAAUACGCCGGUCUCGAUCAUCACGGAUCGUGCGAGAGUUCACCUGCCGCGUCCGUUGCCGCCAAUCGCCCCGAGCUCCGACGAGCGAGUGUCGCCGAAGGUCUUGCUGGUCACCAGCAGGGAGAAAAGACCAUUCGAGACUUUACCCAGGAUUGGAUCAAUCAAUAUCUGUCUGGCCAACCGAGGACAGAGCGAAGUAACUGGUUGAGCGACGAUUCCGGAAGCGAAGCGCCGUCGUUUUUUACUGCGAAGAAUCACCUCGCGGACGACCUUUCCGACGAUUGGCUUGGUCUGGAGGACGACGUCCGCGAUAACGAGCUUCUCAAGACACCGACCCUUUCGGACUUUGUUGGUCGAAGGGCCUCUGCUCGCGCGAAAGAAAAGAAGAACCAGCACAAGCGCGCAGAUACUCUGCGUCAGCAGGACUUUUGGGGAUUCGCGUACGAUAAAGAAUCGCCAAAGAACAUCAUGUCUGACACGAAGGAGUCGCAGCCUCCUGCCGAGGCGGCGUCCCCAGUGGAAAAACCGCUGCCGCCCCCACCCGCAAAUACAGCAGACGAGAUGACAAAUACAGGGAAUACACAGGAAUCAUCCCAUCCGGAUGCUUUGGCUUGGCGUGGGAAGGCGUGUGUCGUUGAUCUGCCCAACGAUGACCAGCGUGGUACAGAACAAUCUGGAUAUCGACUCUUGUCGCGCACAGAUGUGGAUGACCGGUUGAAAAAAUGGGAGCAGGAAGGAUAUGAUGUGCGCGGAUUCUCCAUCGGCGACGAAGUUGAUCCGUCUGGAACAACCGAGCUUGGAGGGUUGAGCCGCCCCUUGUAUCCUGAUCCGUACGAGGUUUAUGAAGAGACAAAGGGCCAACGGCCGUACAUUCAAUUCCCGGACAAGGCUGUGUGGGAUUCCUAUGUUGCCGAAUUGCAGGAGGAGAAAUUGCGGGCUCUGGGUGUCUCCUUUGGUGACCCCGAGCCCCAAUCGUCCAUUUCCCCAGCAUCCGCAGCCCAAACACCCUUCCCUGGCCUCGUGGCAUCGCCGCCAAUUCCCACCACCUCAGCCGGAAGUAACGCUCUUGGCCAAGUGCAUCCUUUCUCGCCACACUUCGGCCAGUCGGCAGGUGCCACGAGCGGUGGCAUGGGGUCUCUGGCGUCCCCUGCUUCGCAGUUCAGCGUGCAGACGCCGUUUAUGGGUAUUGAACAAAACUUGAUGCCCGGAUACCCAUUCCAUUUCCCACCUGGGACUCCUGCACAGGCCUCUAUGACCCCUCAGAGCCUGAUCAAUCUUCGUCAAGCCAGUGGAUCGGGUGGGCCCGGCACGCUUCCCAACUUCAACUCGAUGCUCUCGCCUGUCUCCCCGCUGCAUGACCCAGCUGCCUUCCAUGCUGGAUUUAACGACAAGGAAGUGUGGGAUAACCGGUUUGGUCACGAUGGUCAUCACGAGGAGGGCUUGUCCUACCCUACUCCUCAGACACCCGACAAUGCUCCGGAUCACUUCCAUGCAUCGAAUGUCGAGAUUGCUCACCCAACACCUCGCGGCCAUGGUCACAACUUGAGCGAAACUCUUCAGCGGGGAUUGGACCAGAUGAAUCACUCCGAAUACCGCAUGGAUGACCAUAUCGAACACCAUAUAAUUGAGGAUCACGACAACCACCACGGUUUCAAUGCCAAUAUCCUCAAGUCCCACUGGGCUAUGCAUGAUCAAGACCAACACCACCAGCUCCCGAACGUCUCUCGUCAGCCUUCCCACUCCUUCUCUCAGCAACCGCACGAGUUUUACAAUGCGCACCUUGGCCAACAAAAUGCUCAUGAAAGCUCUGAUCUCGACACGAACCCUAGCCUCGCUGGAACUCCUCAUGCUCGCGGUGUUCUACCAGAUCAGUCUUCCUGGCAUGAAACUAAGGCCAGCCACCAGUCCAAGCUUUCAAUCUCGUCCCUCAAUGUGGAAGCCAAGGAAUUUGACCCGACUGCUUCAUUUGCCUCUCAGUCUGCCGCAUUUGGUAACAGUGCGUUCCAGUUUGGUGGUAUGAAUAGCAUGAACCAGUCUGGAUUUGGAUUUGUCCCUGCACCACCAUCAUUUGCUCCAGCUGGCAUGAUGAACGGCCCUGUCGAGCAUACCCCCGAGCUCGAGCCCCAGCCGAAGCCCAGCUCAUUCAAGUUCUCUGCUGCCUCUUUCAACGUAGAUGCACCCGUGUUCAACCCGUCCGCGAGCCUCAACUCGAACGUCAGUGCAGAGCAGCCCACGGCUAGCCGGGCGAAGAUUUUCGGUGAUAUUGAUCUCUCCGAAAUCUCCAAGCCACCGAAGCAAUCGAAGGCCAUUCCCAUCGUCCGUCCAGACGAGGUCGAGCCUGCCCAAGAGGAUGAGCAGGAGGACGUGGAUGAUGCAGACGGCCGCCCUGUCCCUACUGAUCGCCACAAGCGAGCUCGUCGUGGCAUCGGCCACGCCGAGGGCGAGGCUCGAUAUAGCAUUUCUAGCCAACCCUUGGGUGAGGCCGGCAACGCCCAAGCAUCAAAUACGCUCCACGCCCUCGCCGAGGGCAAAGAAAACGCUGGCCCUGAGGACGACAAACACGUGGAGCGGAAGGGUACUCCGAUGAGUGAGGCUACUACCUGGACCAUAUUCGACGCGAAGGCUGAAGGUGAAGCUGCUCGAUCCCGUGCUGGGUCGAUGGCCCAUGGUGAACAAACUGAAGACGUCAACGAAGAUCCUAAUGCAGAGGCUGAAGCGGAACAGCCCGCUCGGGAUUUCGUUCCUGUCAACGAGAAGAAGCGCUCCCAACAUGCCUCCCAGGAUUCUAAGAGCUCCGUGAAGAGUACCAUGUUGUCGCCCACGGCCCAGCCUUUCGAGUUCAAAGCUGCUACUUCUCCUUUCGUCUCGACAAGUGUACCUUCAUCGCGCUUUGCUGAGCAGAAGCCUGUUACGUCAGAGUCUGUUGAGAAGAAGCCUGCUCAGGGUGGCCUUAUGGCUUCUCGCUUCGCUACUGCCAGUCCACCCAAGCCUGCGGCAGCACCAGUGGACAGAAGUUUGCCCGAGCAAACGCCACAGCCUAGGCCAGACCUGUCCCGUUGGCAGGAAUCUGCCGAGGAGUCACCGGAUGACGAGGAGCUCAACGCCAUCAUGGAGCAGCUCAAUGACGACUCGGACGUCGGCAUCGAGAGACAACACACUCCCCUUCCGCCCCACUUUGUCGCCGAGUCCGCUCCCACCAAGGAGCGCCGCUUUGGCUCCGCCGAAGGCAGAAGCGAGGCGCCCAGCCCCAGCCCCGGCGGCGGCCAAAGGACAUACAAGCUCAACAUCCCAAAGCUUGGCUCCGACAUUGACGCCAACAGCAACGCUACCUUCUCGCCCCAGAAGAGCCUCAUCUCACGUAUCCAGUCGCCUGUUCGCCAGCUUGUCACUGAGAAUGACCAUGUCAGUGACUGGGAUGACAUGAUCUCUUCAGGCGAAGAUGAGAAGUUCUUCAACCGCAACCGCUUCUUCGACCGCCGUAUCAAUGACAUCGUGGGUUCUGCCAUCGAUGACCGGUUAACUCCCAUGGAGCGUGCGUUGGCUGUUAUUCAGCAGUCUGUGGCUACAAUUGCUUCCGGGACUGCUAGUAGAAGGGUUUUCCGCAGCGCCUCUGAUGAGAUGGAGGACAGUGAUGCCGAUGAUGAAGAUGAUGGCGAGGAGCAUGAGAGUUCCGUCCGCGACCGCUCGCCGCACCAUAUGCGGGACCGGAAGCUGGAGAUGUUGAAGAGCGUUGUCAUGGAGGCUUUGGUCACGCACGAUAUCCCGAGCCGUACAAUACAGCACUCUAGCCACAGCGAGAUGGCACAGCUCAAGGAGAGCAUAGCUGAGCUCCAAGCCCUGACCAUCAAGAAGCUUGCCCAGGACCCAGUUGGGGAUAUGCGUGAGAUUCUUGAGGAGUCUUUCGCCCGCCAGCGAGCACAGCAGACCCCGCGGCUGUCCGAGGCCGACGAAAUCGGUGCGGAUAGCCUUAUGCUUCAGAUCGAUGGUCUAAAAAGCAUGCUGCGUCUGGCGGACGAGCGUGCUGAGGCUGAGUAUAAACUGCGUCGGGAUGCUACGGACUCGGUGGGCGAGCUCCAGCAACUGCUGAAGGUUGCCGAAGAAGAUGCUGCCCGUCACAGUGCGGCUGCUGAGGCCGCCGAGGCCCGUCUUCUCCAGUUCAAGGAGGAGAAAAUCCCCCAUCUGGAGAAGAUGCAGUUCCGCUCUGAGUCUCUGGCUGAAGAGAGUGAGACUCUCAAGGUCACCAUUGCCGAGUUGUCCACAAAGAAUAUCACGCUUGAGGGCACUCUGGAUGAGUAUCGUCUUUCCUCUGAUACCUUCCGCCGUCAACUGGAGACUGUUAGGGGCGAGAACUCGUCCCUACAUGAGACUGUUGACGCCCUGCGCACUCGCAUUGAGGACAGCAUGAUUGCCCGUCAGAAUCUAACCGAGAAGUUUGACCGACUGCAAUCAGACAUGGUCAAUGUCACUGCCGAUGUCGUCCGCGAGCAGGCGUUGUGGCGCAGGAAGGACGAGGAGCAGGCUGCCAAGUACAACGAGCUGCUCGCCUCGUACAAUCGUGAGGUGAAGCUGCGUGAGAAGCUUGAGGCGGAAGUGUCCGAGCUUGAGAAGCAGGAGAAGGAGGCCGUCAAGAUAAAGUUCCUCCAUGAGCAAUCCCAAGAAGAAAACGCCAAGAUGAAGGAGACCAUUGCCAAUCUGCGUACUGAGAACCGCGACUUGCAGCUCACUGCGGCUCGCUUCGAGCGCGAGUUCAACGACGCUCGUGAGAGCAGCCGCAUGGAGAUCCAGCGCACUCGCUCUUCAAUGGAGGCUGACCUUGAGGCUUCCAACAGCCAGGUCAACAUUGUCCGGGCCGAGCUUGAAGCCCAAAUCCUCCGUCUCGAAAGCCAGCUGGACAAUGUUCGUCUGGACGCCGAUACCUCUCGCGAGCGUUACGAGAUGCUGCUGGAGGAGGCCAAAGAGUCCAAUAUGACUUCUCUUGCCACCGCGAAGGAAUCCCGUGAGAUAGCUCUCGAGGAGCAGCGCAGGACUCACGAGCGGGUGCUAAAUGACCUUCGCGAGCGUCACGCUCGUGCACUGCACAAUUCCUCUGAAGACCGCCAGCGUGGUGAGGCCAAUAUGAUUGAUCGCCUGGCUCUGUCGGAUGACAGGGCCAAGCACCUGCAGGAGCGUGUCGAACACCUCGAGGAAAAGCUCGAGAUUGCCCAGUCCGCUGCCCGUGCUGCUGCUGAGGCAGCCCAGACUGCCAAGGCAGGCCCGAGCUCAUUGCCGGCUCCGACCCCAACACCCUCGCACUCGACUUCUCCUUCCAUGUCUUUCAGCAAGGGAUCCCAUGAACCCGAGAAGAUCUCCCCGCAGGCCCUCCGCGAGUCGAUCUUCGUUUUGCAGGAUCAGCUUCAGCAGCGCGAGACCCGCAUUGAGGAGCUCGAGCAGGAGGUUGCCUCUGUCGAUAAGGAUGCCCCUACCAAGAUGAAGGAUAAGGACAGCGAGAUCACUUGGCUCCGUGAGCUGCUCGGCGUUCGUAUCGACGAUCUGCAGGAUAUCAUCAAGACUCUCUCGCAGCCUUCCUUCAACCAGCACGCCGUCCGCGACGCUGCGAUUCGCCUCAAGGCCAACCUGCAAAUGCAGCAGCAGGAGCGGGACCGUGCUCUGACCGGUUCUGGUCUGCCAUCGCUCCAAUCCCUCUCUGAACUCGCUGCCUCGCCGCGGUCCCUUCCUCUCGCUGCGGCUGCCGCCUGGGGUAACUGGCGUAAGGCCCGUGAGGGAGCCAAUGGAGGUGCAACUCCCUCCGAGCAGACCCCGUCCAAGUCCAGCAACGCCGGUACCUUCCUGUCAGGCCUCCUGACGCCUCCGAGCUCGCAUGUCCGCCAGAACGCCCCGCAAACCAGCGCUCCGGAUCGUUCCUACACCGGGAGCCGGCCGCUGAGAAGCUUCAACUCUGCCCCACGCCGUGGAUCAGCCCACCGAGAGGUCCCCAUCGCUGAGCCACCCAGGACCCCUCCUCUUCUCCACCGCUCGAGCUACGAUCGCGACGCCGAGCCGGCAAACUACGAGGAAGGUAACUUCGCCUCGGACGAUAUCGAAUCCACCGUCGACGGCAUGGUCUCGGCGUCGCCCAAGGACGCUGACGAAGGUCCCUUCGGCCCCUCAAUUUCAGCCGAAGCCAUUGCCGAAGAGUGA